GACGGACUCAACCGCAGACGACGACAUUUCGCCCCACGACAGACGCUCCUUUACUAUCUCUCGCCUUGAGAUUCCUUCUCGCAUUACGAUCCAGCACUGAAGAACUGCGCGAUUGGCCGAGCGCGACGGAUAAAUAUGGAUUCCAUCGAGCCUGAGCAGACCCCCUUUGCGGCCGUGUCGGCGCAAACCUCCAAAUUCACAAGACAAUACCAAGCAUGGCUUGACAAGUCAACUCCCUACGUACCGUAUCGGUGGCUGAGCACAUUUGCUCUUUUAAUGCUCUUCUUCACCAGAAUAUUUGUGGCGCAAGGGUGGUAUAUAGUGGCAUAUUCCCUCGGGAUCUAUCUACUGAACCUCUUUCUCGCCUUCCUCCAACCCAAAUUCGACCCCAGCAAUGAAGCUAUAGACAAUGAAAUGGAGGAUGGCACAGCAGGUGGCCUCCCUACGAAACAGGACGAGGAAUUUCGCCCCUUCAUUCGCCGUCUUCCUGAAUUCAAGUUCUGGCACUCAGCUACUCGAGCCAUUGCUAUCGCCUUCUUCUGCACUUGGUUUCCGAUCUUUGACGUUCCAGUGUUCUGGCCUGUUCUCGUGGUAUACUGGUUGAUCUUGUUCGCCUUGACAAUGCGGAGACAAAUUCAACACAUGAUCAAAUACCGAUAUGUGCCAUUCACAUUCGGAAAGGCGAGAUACAACAAGAACAGCUCUUGAAGGAGACACCCCGGAGAAAUAGGAAGAUGCUUGGAAUGAGGGUAUGGGCAGUGAUGUCGAGUUCACUUGUAUAAAACUGUGAAAAACAUACAUCUGUAUAGGCGACUCUUACUGCUCUUUAAUGACACGUUCUCUGUUCUUGUUGCACCUAGGGAUGGGAAAUAAAGGUUGGGGCAGAGCUGGAAAGCUGGUCAUGGAUU